AUGGCGGCUCUCAGCAAGUCCAUCCCUCAUAACUGCUACGAGAUCGGCCACACUUGGCACCCUUCCUGUGGGGUCUCCUUCGUGCAGAUCACCGGGGGCGCCCUGGAGGAGUCCCUGAAGAUUUACGCCCCACUGUACUUGAUUGCAGCAAUUCUCCGGAAACGAAAAUUAGACUAUUAUUUACACAAACUACUCCCUGAGAUCCUACAAUCUGCUUCAUUUCUGACUGCUAAUGGGGCCUUGUAUAUGGCUUUCUUUUGCAUUUUAAGGAGGAUACUUGGAAAAUUCUACUCUUGGAGUCCUGGCUUUGGUGCCGCUUUGCCAGCAUCUUAUGUGGCUAUUCUAAUUGAAAGAAAAAGCAGGAGAGGGCUGCUGACUAUUUAUAUGGCCAAUUUGGCCACAGAAACACUAUUUAGAAUGGGAGUAGCAAGAGGAACCAUCACAACGUUAAGAAAUGGAGAAGUCCUUUUGUUCUGCAUCACAGCUGCCAUGUACAUGUUCUUUUUCAGAUGCAAAGAUGGUUUGAAAGGAUUUACAUUCUCUGCCCUCAGGUUUAUUGUAGGGAAGGAAGAAAUUCCCACACAUUCUUACUCACCAGAAGCGGCAUAUGCAAAAGUGGAACAGAAGACAGAGAAACAUGAGGAAAAGCCAAGAAGAAUGAAUGUAAUUGCUCUAAUCAGGAAACUUGUGGAUUCAGUAUGUAAGCAUGGACCAAGGCAUAGAUGUUGCAAACACUAUGAAGAUAAUUGCAUCUCUUAUUGCAUUAAAGGUUUCAUCAGAAUGUUUAGCGUGGGAUACUUGAUCCAGUGCUGCCUCCGAAUUCCCUCUGCAUUUCGGCAUCUGUUUACACAGCCAUCCCGGCUAUUUUCUCUCUUCUACAAUAAAGAAAACUUCCAGCUCGGAGCUUUUCUGGGCUCUUUUGUUAGUAUAUACAAGGGUACUAGUUGCUUCCUGCGCUGGGUCAGAAACCUGGAUGAUGAAUUGCAUGCUAUUAUAGCUGGCUUUUUGGCAGGAGUAUCAAUGAUGUUUUAUAAAAGUACAACAAUUUCCAUGUAUUUAGCUUCCAAGUUGGUAGAGACAAUGUAUUUCAAAGGCAUUGAAGCAGGAAAGGUUCCCUAUUUUCCCCAUGCAGAUACUAUCAUCUAUUCCAUCUCUACAGCAAUUUGCUUCCAGGCAGCUGUGAUGGAAGUUCAGACUUUGCGACCAUCUUAUUGGAAGUUUCUUUUAAGACUCACCAAGGGCAAAUUUGCUGUCAUGAACCGAAAAGUCCUUGAUGUUUUUGGUACUGGUGCAUCUAAACACUUUCAGGAUUUUAUCCCUAGGUUGGAUCCAAGAUAUACAACUGUAACACCAGAGUUGCCCAUCGAGUUUUCUUGA